AUGGAUCUCUUCAAGUCAGCUGACCAGUUAGUUGUCCUUCAGAUACCUUGGCACAACCUGGAUAUCCGGAAAUUCUUUGGGGUUAUACCAAGUGGAAAUAAACUGGUAAAUGAAGCAGUGAAAAAGAAUGAGAAAACAAAGUCUACUGAAGAAACUCUGAAAACAAAGAAAGGAAUAAAAGAACUUAAGGUAAAUAGUUCUUGCCAAGAUGAUGACUUCAAACAGAAACAACCAAACAAGAAAAAGAGGAUCAUUUAUGAUUCAGAUUCAGAACCAGAGGAGACAGUGCAGGUUAAAAAUGCCAAAAAGCAACCAGGAAAAAAACCAUUGUCUUCUAAACCUGGUAAAAUCCUGCGAAAAGAUCCCGUUACAUUUAUUUCAGAAUCUGAUGAAGAAGAUAACCUUACGUGUAAGAAACCAGCUGUUAAAUCAAAAGAGAAUGGAGGAUCUGCAAGUAGUUAUCUUGGAGCAUCAAACGUGAAGAAGAAUGAGGAAAAUGCUAAGACCACGAACAAGCCUUUAUCACCAAUAAAACUGACACCCACGUCGGUGCUUGAUUAUUUUGGAGGUGGAAGUGUCCACAGAUCAGCCAAGAAGAUGGUGGCAAGCAAAAGAAAAGAGCAUUCACAAAAUACAGAUUCCACAUUAAAUGAUGAAGCUAUCGCCAAGCAACUGCAGCUUGAUGAAGAUGCAGAGUUGGAGAAGCAACUGCAUGAUGAUGAAGAGUUUGCCAAAACAUUAGCUAUGUUGGAUGAAGAACCCAGGACCAAAAAGACUCGAAAGGAUCCAGAAGAGAAAGACACAUCAUCUGUAGAAGCCAAUUUAAGUAAAUCAGACAAACAAAAAUAUCCCAAUAAAGAAAAGACAGAACAGGUUUUGGAAGAAGGAAAGAGUUGCAGUCCGAAGAAACAAGCCAGAAGGGAAAGUUCAAAAGCAUCUCCGCAGCCUUCUAAGUCAGCAGUUCAUGAAACAGGCCAAGGCUCUCCUCCAAAGGCCAGUGCUAAGCUGGCGCUUCUGAAAAAAAAAGACGAGAGUUCUUCAAAAGAAGCAGAGCCUGGAGGCUCCCAGAGACCAGACGAUGCUGUUGAAUUGAAAGGAGAGAUAAAAACUCCCAAGAAAACAAAAAGUUCACCAGUGAAAAAAGAGUCUCCAAGCCCUGAAGAUUCAGAAAAGAAACGCACUAAUUAUCAAGCUUAUCGGAGCUUCCUAAAUAGAGAAGGCCCCAAAGCUCUGGGCUCCAAAGAAAUCCCGAAGGGAGCUGACAAUUGCUUGGAAGGCCUCAUAUUUGUGAUCACAGGAGUGCUGGAGUCCAUUGAGCGAGAUGAGGCCAAAUCUCUAAUUGAGCGUUAUGGGGGGAAAGUAACCGGAAAUGUCAGCAAGAAGACAAACUACCUGGUCAUGGGCCGGGAUAGUGGCCAGUCCAAGAGUGACAAGGCUGCAGUCUUGGGAACAAAAAUUAUUGAUGAAGAUGGCUUACUGGAUCUGAUUCGAACUAUGCCAGGCAAGAAGUCCAAGUAUGAAAUAGCGUUUGAAGCUGAGAUGAAGAAAGAAAAGUCCAGAUUGAAGCGAACACCCCAAAAAAAUGACCAAGGGAAAAGAAAAUUUAGUCCCAACAAGAAGGACUCAGAAUCUAAAAAGUGCAAGCUGACUCCCCGACGAGAUGGCUUGGGAAAGUCAGUAAAAAAGGAAAGCAGUGUGGUUCGGAAGGACCUGGACUUUGAGGAGCCGGGGACUGAGGAAGAGGCAGGUGUUGACAGUGAGCCUUGGAAUAUGCCUGACAACAGCCAGGAGCACAAGGUGGAAAAUUUGCUCUGGGUCGAUAAAUAUAAGCCAACCUCACUCAAGACCAUAAUUGGACAACAGGGUGACCAGAGCUGUGCCAACAAACUCCUACGGUGGCUUCGAAACUGGCACAAGAGUCCAUCUGAAGAUAAAAAACAUGCAAAGGUUGGCAAAUUUGCUGGCAGAGACGAUGGCUCUAGUUUUAAAGCAGCCUUGCUCUCAGGCCCUCCUGGUGUUGGCAAAACAACCACAGCGUCCCUGGUGUGCCAGGAAUUGGGAUACAGCUACGUGGAACUUAAUGCAAGUGACACUCGGAGUAAGAACAGUUUGAAGGAAGUUGUUUCUGAAUCACUGAAUAAUACCAGUAUCAAAGGCUUUUAUUCAAGUGGCGCAGGCCCUUCAGUGAGCGCCAGGCACGUUCUCAUCAUGGAUGAAGUUGACGGCAUGGCCGGCAAUGAAGACCGGGGAGGAAUCCAGGAAUUAAUUGGCCUGAUAAAACACACAAAAAUCCCCAUUAUUUGUAUGUGUAAUGAUAGAAAUCAUCCCAAGAUUCGUUCUUUGGUUCAUUAUUGUUUUGAUCUUCGUUUUCAAAGACCGCGGGUGGAACAGAUUAAGGGUGCUAUGAUGUCCAUUGCAUUUAAAGAAGGCUUAAAGAUCCCCCCUCCAGCGAUGAAUGAAAUAAUUUUAGGAGCCAAUCAAGAUAUCAGACAGGUUUUACACAACCUGAGUAUGUGGUGUGCACAGAAUAAGGCGUUAACCUAUGACCAGGCCAAGGCUGAUUCUAGCAGAGCCAAAAAAGAUAUCAAACUGGGCCCAUUUGAUGUUGCCCGGAAAGUAUUUGUAUCUGGAGAAGAGACUGCUUCUAUGUCAAUUAUGGACAAGCUGGACCUCUUUUUUCACGAUUACUCAAUAGCACCCCUCUUUGUCCAGGAGAACUAUGUACACGUGAAGCCUGUGGCUGCAGGGGGUGACAUGAAGAAGCACUUGAUGCUGUUGAGCAGAGCAGCGGACAGCAUAUGUGAUGGUGACCUGGUGGACAGUCAGAUCCGGAGUAAACAGAACUGGAGCCUUCUGCCCACACAGGCUAUUUAUGCUAGUGUUCUUCCUGGAGAGUUAAUGAGGGGGCACAUGACUCAGUUUCCCGCCUUUCCAAGCUGGUUGGGAAAGCACUCGUCGACAGGCAGACAUGAUCGCAUUGUUCAAGACCUGGCUUUGCAUAUGAGUCUCAGAACGCACUCCAGCAAAAGGACUGUCAACCUGGAUUAUCUGUCACACAUAAGGGAUGCACUUGUGCAGCCACUGACCUCACAAGGGGUAGAAGGUGUGCAGGCUGCUGUUGAACUCAUGGAUGCUUAUUAUUUGAUGAAAGAAGACUUUGAUAAUAUCAUGGAACUUAGCAGCUGGGGAGGCAAACCUAGUCCUUUUUCCAAGCUGGAUCCCAAGGUCAAGGCAGCCUUCACGAGAGCGUACAAUAAGGAAGCCCACCUGACUCCAUAUUCCCUUCAGGCAGUAAGGAUGUCUAGACGCAGCACAGGCCCGGUGCUGGAGUCUGAAUACAGUGAGGAGUUAAUUGAAGAUGACUCUCAGUCUGAUGAGAAAGACCAGGAUGCUUUGGAAACCGAUGCGAUGAUCAAGAAAAAGACAAAAUCUUCAAAGCCUUCAAAAUCUGAAAAAGAUAAGGAGCCGAAGAAAGGAAAAGGCAAAAGCUUGAAGAAAUAA